UGUCAUGUGACCUGCGAUAGAAUGCUAAAAUGGCGGAGGGAUUUUUAAAAGUUACCAAACACUUAUUUGUUUUAUCUGUUUUUAUGGUGAUUUCGACGUAUUCCCCGAUAUAUGCUAAAGGAGUAAAUGGAGGCAUACAAUGUGCAACCUGUACAGUGGUAGUGACCCUCACAGAGCAACUAGCCCAAGUCCACAAUGACUCAGUAGCACAAGCCCUUGCAAGGCUCUGCAGCUAUAUGCCCCAAGGACAACUCCAAUAUGCUUGUAAAAUCAUCAUUGAAACCUUAGGCCCUGUUGUUAUAGACAUGCUUGAGAAACAUGAGACCCCAGAUGUUAUAUGUCAUGCUCUACACCUAUGUACUGUAGAUGAGGGUCAGCCACAGUGUCACCUUUUUCCAGUGCCAAAGGAUGUUUCAAUACAAGACAGAGCCAUGAAAUAUUCAAACUAUGGUACCAGUGGCCUAGCUUGGAAGCAUAGGAGGAAGGAACCAUUCUCUGUGUGCAAGCUACCAGGAAUAAAGAUAUUGUGUGAUUGGAUUGAAAGAAUAUUUGAUGAUCACAACCCAGCUCUAGAUAUUGAUGGUGACAAUUUCAGUACAUUUCAGACAUUACGUGGGUCAUCUUGGAGGGGUAAGGACUGCAAUGACGAGCAAGAGAACAUCCAUCCUGGGGCUAAACCCGAGUUAGGGGAUGUAUUCCAUGACACAAACUGUAAUGGCAUUUAUGGAGUUGAUGGGAAUACUGGUUUACCCUAUGAAGACCUAUAUUGCAAAGAUAGUCAGCCAAUAGGUGUAGCUGCGAUUGGGGACUCUGUGACGGCACAUUUUCACAUUCCUCCAGAAUGGCUUGAGGCAGAGAAAUUAAAUGUAGAAAUGUUGCGCUAUCUGCCAUUUUGGCUUGAAAAUGAACUUGAUUGGCCACAUCUAUCAGGAACAACAGGAUUCAUGAAUGACACAACAGGAAGAAUUGAAGGGUCAACAGACUCCAUCUAUCUGCAGAUGAGGAAACGUAAUCGCUGUAAUCACCGUGACUACCAGAACCUGGGAGUAAAUGGAGGCAGAUCUGGUAGCACACUGAACAAUGAAAAUGCCCUUGCUAGAGACAAACUAAAGGAUAACCCAUUACUUGUCUUCUAUGCACUGGUGGGGAAUGAUGUUUGUAAUGGGCAUUCUGAUACUCUGGCACAUAUGACAUCACCAGAGGAGAUGAGGAAAAACUUCCUUAAAACAUUAAAAUUUUUGGAUGCCAAAGUGCCAAAUGGCAGCCACCUUAUAGUAAUAGGCUUAGCUGAUGGCAGUCUGUUGUAUGAUAACCUAAAGAAUAGAGUGCAUCCCCUUGGUAAACUUUGGGGCAAUGUAAAAUACCCACAGUUCUAUGACUGGUUUAAUUGUCUACAGGUAACCCCAUGUGCAGGAUGGAUGAACUCAAAUGCAACCAUCAGAAAUGGCACAACAAAGAGGGCCAGAGAACUGAGUCAGGUGCUAAAGUCAGUUGUUGCAGAAACCAAAGGAAAACUCAGGAACUUUGAUGCUAGUUAUCUAGACUGCCCUAUUGGACCAGUCCUAGAUGCCUGGAAAGCUCAAGGUGGAGAGGGGUGGCAACUAAUUGAACCUGUUGAUGGAUUCCAUAUUAACCAGAUUGCUCACAAAUUGACUGCUGAAUACACUUGGAACUACCUUGAGAAGAACCUACCUCACUUUAUUGGCAACAUCAAUCCCCACAAUGCUGAGAUUAUAAAGAAAUUUGGGGAACAAGGAGGUCACUUAUGAUUACUUGGCUGUUGGACGUUUUACCUCACACUCAUAGAUUUUAAAAAUUCCAUAUUCAAAAUCAGUAGAAAUCCAGAAAGAAUAUGCUUAUGCACUGUCUUAAGAAGUGCACUUUACUUAGUGUUUCGAUUGUGCAGCCUAAUGCACAGCAUUAUGUCAUAAAUGCACAAUGUCAGUAUUUAGACAAACUAUUUAUAGUUGAAUGCACACUUGUCAGUUUUUACAUGAACUAUUAAUCUUAUUCAAUUGUCAGUAUUUACAUGAACUAUUUACAUGUUUUUGUGUAGUGUCUUUAACAAAUGGUUACACAAAGUAACAAUUACAACCAUGUGAUGAAUUUUGUAUUUUAAUGCCUUAUAACAAUUCAAUAUUAUUUUAUCUUGAUAUUUUUAAUGUCUUAUGCAGUGUUUACAAAUUAUCUGUAAAUAAAGAAAUUCUCAUUAUUUUUAUAAAAUAUAAUGUGUUAUUAAUGUUCUAUGUGGGUCAGUAAGUGAAGUAUAUGGAAUGACGUUCACUCGGCUAGCGUGCGAAGAUGGUGUGUUUCACAAUAAGACCAUUUUUCGAGAUAUUUUGCCAAAACACUUAAACGGCUCCAAUUACCUACCAUAUGAUUUCAAGUAAAUCAAUGCAAUACUUAAGAUUUAUAAAGCAAAGGUAUAUUUCAAAAGAGCUGACCAUUAAUAAACCUGUACUGCAUAUUUUUUCAAAACUUAAACAUUUUCAGUUUAUAAAAUAAAACAACUGUCAAGUUCAAGCAAACUGACUGUGGCCAUAAAGAGCUGAAACUAUGAUUAUUCAGCAAUGAAAGUUGCAGCCAUUUCAACCAUAUAAGUGUUGGCCAUUUUGAAGACAUACGGGGUGGUCAAAAAUGGAAACC